AAGAUUGGCCCGGCAUGCCCCGGGUUUCCGGUGCCCUCUGGCCCUUUUCUGUCGCCCGCUCUCCCUGCUGCUCUCGCUGCCUGGCGUGCUCGCUCCGGGACUGGAGCGGCCGGAGAGGGGCGGCGGCUGAGGAUUGGGCAGGUCGUCAUGGCCGCCUCUAAGCCCCUGGAGGCGGCGGUGGCGGCGGUCCCCAGCGCCGGGGCCGGGGUGGGGAGCGGGGCGGCGGGUCCCGGCGCGGGGGGCCUGCCUCGCUGGCAGCUAGCUCUGGCGGUCGGGGCGCCGCUCAUCCUGGGCGCGGGCGCCGUGUACCUGUGGAGCCGGCAGCGACGACGGCGGGACACGGGCAGCGGUGGCCGGGGCGAUGCCGGGGGCGGAGGCCUCAAACGGAACAGCGAAAGGAAGACCCCCGAGGGCAGGGCCAGCCCGGCUCCGUCCGGGACGGGCAGCGGCCACCAGGACGGUACUGGUGCCCACGAGGAGAUGAGCCCUCUUGAUAGAGCCCAAGCAGCAAAGAACAAAGGCAACAAGUAUUUUAAAGCAGGAAAAUAUGAGCAAGCCAUUCAGUGCUAUACGGAGGCCAUCAGCCUAUGCCCGACAGAGAAAAAAUCUGACCUUUCUACGUUUUAUCAGAAUAGAGCUGCUGCAUUUGAACAAUUGCAAAAGUGGAAAGAGGUGGCACAAGAUUGCACAAAGGCUGUUGAGCUUAAUCCCAGAUAUGUGAAAGCUCUCUUUAGACGUGCAAAAGCCCAUGAGAAACUAGACAAUAAGAAAGAGUGUUUAGAAGAUGUCACAGCAGUUUGUAUUUUAGAAGGUUUCCAGAACCAACAAAGUAUGCUGUUAGCUGAUAAAGUUCUUAAACUUCUUGGGAAAGAAAAGGCCAAAGAGAAAUACAAGAAUCGUGAGCCUCUGAUGCCAUCUCCACAGUUUAUUAAAUCUUACUUUAGUUCCUUCACUGAUGAUAUCAUCUCUCAGCCUAUGCUUAAAGGAGAGAAGUCUGAUGAAGACAAAGACAAGGAAGGGGAAGCUUUAGAAGUAAGAGAAAACUCUGGUUAUUUAAAGGCCAAGCAAUAUAUGGAAGAAGAAAACUAUGAUAAGAUCAUAAGUGAGUGCACAAAAGAAGUAGAUGCUCGAGGUAAAUAUACAGCCGAAGCAUUACUGCUACGAGCCACCUUCUACUUGCUUAUUGGCAAUGCCACUGCAGCUAAGCCCGAUUUAGAUCAGGUCAUCAGCAUGGAAGAUGCUAAUGUGAAGCUUCGUGCAAAUGCCCUAAUCAAAAGAGGCAGCAUGUAUAUGCAACAGCAGCAGCCUUUGCUCUCUACUCAGGAUUUUAACAUGGCUGCUGAUAUUGAUCCCCAGAAUGCAGAUGUCUACCACCACCGAGGACAGUUAAAGAUCCUGCUUGAUCAAGUGGAAGAAGCAGUGGCAGAUUUUGAUGAAUGUAUUAGAUUACGACCUGAUUCUGCUCUGGCCCAAGCUCAGAAAUGUUUUGCAUUGUAUCGUCAAGCUUACACAGGAAACAAUUCUACACAAGUCCAGGCAGCUAUGAAAGGCUUUGAGGAUGUCAUAAAGAAAUUUCCAAGAUGUGCUGAAGGUUACGCAUUGUAUGCUCAGGCACUAACAGAUCAGCAACAAUUUGGUAAAGCAGAUGAAAUGUAUGAUAAAUGUAUUGUGGCACCAGACAAUGCUACAACGUAUGUUCAUAAAGGUUUGCUUCAGCUUCAGUGGAAGCAAGAUCUAGACAAAGGCUUGGAACUUAUUAGCAAGGCCAUUGAAAUUGACAACAAGUGUGAUUUUGCAUAUGAAACAAUGGGAACUAUUGAAGUGCAGAGAGGAAACAUGGAUAAAGCCAUUGACAUGUUCAACAAGGCAAUUAACCUAGCCAAAUCUGAAAUGGAAAUGGCACACCUCUAUUCACUUUGUGAUGCUGCCUAUGCUCAGACAGAAGUUGCAAAGAAAUAUGGAUUAAAACCUCCUACAUUGUAAAACAGCUGGGAAGGGGGAAAUGACCCUCUGUUUUGGCGUUUGCCCACACUUCAACCGAGCCCUACUGAUGCGAUCACAGACCGUGGUGAAUGGUGGAACGUAGUUUUUCCGUUUGUGGUGUUUGUCCUUUGUUACAUCUGUUUAAUGUUUAGGUUUUGUGGGAGUGGCUGUUUAAGGAAGUUUGCAGUGUUGAAGCUUAUUCCCCAUGCAACAGAAAGGGAUAUCUAAAACGAAGUUGCAAAAGGGAACAAAGGAUAUUUUGGCCAUGCAAAUAAAAACUCAGAUUUGGGGGGGGGGGGAAGGAGGGAGGGGGGAGUGAUUAUGUUUUGGAUGAUUUUGUUUUUAUAUAUAUGAACAUUUUGCAGCAUGUUGGUUUUAAAAAAUAUGGCGAGUGCUAUAAAAUAGAUUUCUUUUAUAUACAAUUAAUCCCUAUGGGUUGAUUAUUUGUUUUUCAGAGGAGAAAGUAUGUUUUUGGUUUUGUUUUUUAAAGCUAAAUUGAGAGAGAACCUUAAAUAUGACCAGAGACACAAUGCCUUUGCCUUCUGCAUAACUCUAGGAAGAACCUGGUGGCAGCUAUUGAUCAAUUUGAUCAUUUUCCAGUGACAUUAAUAAAUGAUGAGAGAUAUAAAUAGCUUCAAAUCUAGAGCAACCAUAAACUCCCUAUAGUGAACUAUGCAGAAGCAAAACAAAUCUAUUUUGAAGGACUUGUAGGCUGGAAGACUUAGAAGAUGACUAAUAGCAUUGCUAUUGCUGGGGGGAGUAGACCAUUCAAGAGGUAACUGAGGUAGGUUUUUAUUAAAGGCCUAAGACUAUUUUCUGAACUUGGUACUGCUAGAUUUAAUGGUGUACACUUUCAAGAAAUUCAAAUGCUGGCUUAUGUAUAUAACCCAAAUAAAAAUGGAAUAUGUGUGAGAUACAUGGAAACAUUUUAUUUAAAAUAACUAGUAAAGAAAAUUUGGUAAAGGAAUGUGUAUUCAUUAAGGACUUAAAUGUUAUUGCCAAGAGUAUUUCCUGAAAUGGCAAGUGUUUGAGUGUUUCACCAAGUUACAGUAACAGAGUUAGAAAAAAUACCUUUUCUGAGGCACUACUUUUUAUGUAAAAAGUGUGUGCGGGACGCCUUUAGUUUCAAAUCAGUUAGCCUUUUGUUGUAAGGUCCUGAGUGCCAAUUCUAGCAAUUUGUUGAUAAUUUUAGGAAACCUAACCAUCUGUUUACAUUUUUAUCUUCACUCAGUCUGCAACCCAUACUUCAAUUCAUUGUGUAUUCCUAGUUAUCAUUUUAUUCAGACUCCUUUUUGGUUACAAUUCUAAUUUACCAGCAGAAUGUCCCAUUUUGUUGCUUGGGUUUUCUUUUUUUUUUCCUUUUCUAAGUAGUGGGUCAUCCAAUUGUUGUCUCACCUAAGCCUGAGCCUUAGAGAAUACAUACCACAGUCUAUAGCGUCUUGUGCCAUCCCUUUUGGGAACUAAAAUCUAGUAUACAGGACUGGGGUGAGGAGACUCUGUUUAUCCAAAGGGCCAGCAUUCACUGGGUGCUUAUACUUCUGAAACCAAAUACACUUUGUCAGUGCAAACACUACUACCUUUUUUAGUACCUAUAAGAAUGGUCCCUCUUUCACAGUAGGGUUAACACGAGUUUAAAGGUAGCAAGUUGGGAAGUGGAAUUUUUUUGAUAGCUAGGAUAGUGACAAUUCAGAUCUAAGGGCUUCUCUCUCCAUUUUUAGUCUUUAAAUUAUGUACCUUCCAGGACAACCACUGCUGACUUCAGGAGGGUUAUGUUACUAAUCCCCAACUUAAAAUUCCUCUGAUUCUCUAAAAGGGUUUUUAUUCGCAUGGCCUUAUUUUCAUUGACACUGACAUUUUCUUCUACUCUUCUCCCUUCCUCCCCCCUGGGGAGGAGUAGAAAAAACCACACAAAGGAAAAUGACGCAUGUGCCGUUCAAUAUUAUCAUUCCAAAUCCUCACGGACUGUUGCCUGUUCUUAAAAUAUUUGAAACUGCACUGAAAGCUACAUUUGUCUGUAACUUUUCUUUUGUAAAUGAACUCACAUGUAAAUUCACCAAAUAAAUAUUACAUUCAA